UCUCCACGAUAAAACACCAAUGGCGACGAACCGCAGCCGUCCGAUCGGUGCCCCACCAUCCAUCCUCCUCCCGAUGCCAUUAGUCGUCGUGCUAGUGCUUCUGGUCACCCCCCGCUGCGCCGACGCCCAACAAUUAGCGUCCACCGACGACGGCUCGUUUGGCACCCACAACACCAACAUCAACUCUUCUCUGGCGAUCGUCAUCGUCGUCUUCAUCUGUGCCUUCUUCCUCGUGGGCAUCUUCGCCGUCUUGCUCAACACCUGCGACGACGACAUCUCCGCCGUCUCCGCCGCCGUGGAUGGAGGCGCCGUCGGAAGAGCAGCAGGACGGGGGCUCGACCCGGAGGUGCUGGAGUCGUUCUCGACCAUGGAGUACGCGGCGGUGAAGAAGAUCAAGGGCGGGAAGGUCGGCGCGCUCGAGUGCGCGGUGUGCCUGUCCGAGUUCUCGGACGACGACACCCUCCGACUGCUCCCAAAAUGCUGCCACGUGUUCCAUACCGCGUGCAUCGACGCCUGGCUCGCCUCCCACGUCACCUGUCCCGUCUGCCGCUCUAACCUCGGCCGCCCCGAGGAGGUGGCGACGACCGGCGACGGUGGCGCCACAGUCCCGCCGGAUCACGUGGCGAUCGACCUCGAGGGGGAGAAUCGGGGGCCGGGGACCGCGAGGCCUAGGCCGCCGCCGGCAAGGUUCCUGCGGUGGCACUCGGAGGGGCGGUCGGCCGAAGGAGAGCACGACCGGCACACGCUCCGGCUGCCGGAGCACGUGCAGAGGGAUCUCGCGAAUGCCGGAAGGCUCCGGCUGUCGGAGAACGUCACGGGGUGUGCCCGCGGCGGGGAGGCGGGAUCUACGAGAGGAAAUCGUGGCGGCGGACGGAGCGUGCGGGCGGGGAGGGCGGGGUUCUUCUUGAGGACGUUCUCCGAGCGGCGUAUGGGGGACGGGGAGGCAGCCGAGGGGUCGACCAAGCGGGUGUUCCCCGCCGCCGAAGAUCCGCUCGACGACGUUGGCGGAGGCGGAGAAGGGGAGCAAGUCGUUGAGUACUGCCUUAGUGGAACGGGUUUAACCGUCUGCGAGAUUUAGUUUAAUUUUCUUUUUCGAAAACGUAAAAAUCGGUUUGUGUAUUACGUGGCAAAGAGGCCGCAGAAUAUUUUCGGAAUAUGUGCGCGAAAUCACAGGGUUCAGGAAACAGGAACCCUUAAAGUAACGGUUGAUAUAAAUGAGCUGUUUGGAUAUUACUUUUUUUUUUGUAUUUUAUAGUAUUGCAGAAGAAGCAUUAGAGAACAAGAAAGGUCCAGCUUACCUACGAAAGUGACAAAGGUGGCACCCGCACCCUCACUUAUUUUAAAGGAUGGGACACAAAGUAUUCCCCAGCUCCACCAAUACCGACUCUAGUUACCUCUGCCUGGUUGCUGGGCAACUUCUUGGUAAACGUUAUACACUGCCAUUUAGUGACGCAAUCGAGCUUGGUUGUAAUUUUGAACUUGAAGUUGAGAUCAAACUUAAUUUACUUAUUAUCAUUCCGUGGAUGAAACU